GGUCAUAGAGUCGCACCGCUUCCGGCCCCCCUCCCCCGGCUGGGAAGGAGCCGGAAGUCUGGCGGGCUCCGGGCACCGAGAUGGAGGAGGGCGAGUACGAGUCGGUGCUCUGCGUCAAGCCAGAGGUCCACGUCUACCGCAUCCCGCCGCGGGCCACCAACCGUGGCUACAGGGCUGCGGAGUGGCAGCUGGACCAGCCAUCAUGGAGUGGCCGGCUGCGGAUCACUGCAAAAGGACAGGUGGCCUACAUCAAGCUGGAGGACAGGACCUCAGGGGAGCUCUUUGCCCAGGCUCCAGUGGAUCAAUUUCCUGGCACAGCCGUGGAGAGUGUGACAGAUUCCAGCAGGUACUUCGUUAUCCGCAUUGAAGAUGGAAAUGGGCGACGGGCGUUUAUUGGAAUUGGCUUCGGGGACCGAGGUGAUGCCUUUGACUUCAAUGUUGCAUUGCAGGACCAUUUCAAGUGGGUCAAGCAGCAGUGCGAAUUUGCAAAACAAGCCCAGAACCCAGACCAAGGCCCCAAAUUGGACCUAGGCUUCAAGGAAGGCCAGACCAUCAAGCUCAACAUUGCAAACGUGAAGAAGAAGGAAGGAGCAGCUGGGACGCCCCGAGCCCGGCCCGCCAGCGCAGGAGGACUGAGCCUGCUGCCACCUCCCCCGGGGGGGAAAACCUCCACCCUGAUCCCUCCCCCCGGCGAGCAUUUGUCUGUGGGGGGAUCCCUUGUCCAGCCAGCGGCUGCUCCCGGUUCAGGAGGUGCCACUGUGUCCUGGCCGCAGCCCAAGCCUGCCAGUACUGCCACCGCCGACAUCUGGGGAGACUUUACGAAAUCCACAGGGUCGACUUCCAGCCAGACUCAGCCAGGCACAGGCUGGGUCCAGUUCUGACCCGAGCACAGCUCUUAUCCUUACACAACUGCUGGAACGGAGCUGCUUCAUCUGGGCCAAAGGAAGGAGGCCGAAGCACUCCCUGGCCAGCCCCUGUUUGGGGCACGACUCUCCUUUCCUCCUCGCCUGACUCUCUUGACAGACUGGGCAUGGUGGGCAGUAAAUUGGCACCAUGUCAC